AUGGAAGGGAUUGAUUAUCAUGAAACUUUUUCUCUUGUUGCCAAGCUUACCACUGUUCGUGUUUUAUUAUCUUUGGCCGCUGCCAAGGGUUGGUGUCUUCAACAAUUAGACGUCAACAAUGCCUUUCUUCAUGGUGAUUUACAUGAAGAGGUUUACAUGCAGCUCCCUCCAGGUUAUCACGGCAAGGGGGGAAAUAUGGUGUGUCAUCUUAACAAAUCACUUUAUGGAUUAAAGCAAGCUUCUCGAUGUUGGUUUGCAAAAUUCUCCAAAGCAUUACUUGAUGCGGGAUUUACUCAAUCUAAAGCAGAUUACUCCCUUUUCUAUCGUCACAAAGGUACCGAUGCUGCUACUAUAUCAAUUAUCAAGAAUUUGUUGCGUCAACGUUUUCAUUUAAAAGACCUUGGUGAUUUAAAAUACUUCCUUGGGAUAGAAGUGUCUCGUUCUUCAAAGGGAUUGUAUUUGAGCCAACGGAAGUAUGCACUUGACAUUUUGAAAGACUCAGGUCUUAUUGGUGCACGUCCUACUUUCUUCCCCAUGGAACAAAAUCUCAAGUUAAACAAUGAAGAUGGAGAACUAUUACAUAAUCGAGAAACCUAUAGAAGAUUGGUGGGUCGCUUGAUAUAUCUCACCAUCACCAGGCCAGACAUUGUUCAUACAGUUCAUAUUUUGAGCCAAUUCAUGCAAAGCUCCCGUACAACUCAUAAAGAUGUUGUAGAUCGAUUAUUACAUUAUUUGAAAGGGACUCCAGGUCAAGGGAUUCUGUUAUCAUCUUCUAAUAAUUUUCAAUUAAGAGCCUACGACUGUGAUUCUAAUUGGGCUAGCUGUCCAAUGACAAGGAGGUCGACUACAGGUUACUUUGUACUUCUUGGAGAAAGUCCUAUCUCAUGGAAACCAAAGAAGCAAGAUACUGUAUCACGCUCAUCAGCCGAAGCAGAAUAUAGAGCGAUGGCUAUGGCAACUUGUGAACUCCAAUGCUGUAAAAUGCAUGAUCUCAUGAAUGAACUUGCUGUUAAAGUGGCAGGGGAGGGAAGCACAAUAAUAGAUCGCAAUACGACUGAUUUUGAUACAAAACGUCUUCUUCAUGUAUCUUUCGAUUUUCAUGUUGAUUCGCUGGAAUGGAAAAUACUGACAUCCUUGCUGGAAUCACAUAAGCUAAGGACUUUUCUUUCCGUAAGUCAAAUGUGGGGGUGGGAGAAGUCAUUCCAUAAGUCAUUUUGUGCUACAAUUGCUUCAAAUUUUAAGUCAUUGCGUAUGUUGAGUUUGAAUAGAUUGGAAAUUACAAAAUUGCCAAAAUGUCUUAGGAAAAUGAAACAUUUAAGAUAUCUUGAUCUUAGUGAUAACCCAUACAUGAAGAGACUUCCAAAUUGGAUAGUAAAACUUCAAAAUUUGGAAACACUAGAUCUCUCUAGAUGUAUCUCGCUUGUGGAAUUGCCUAGAGAUAUCAAGAAAAUGAAAAACUUGAGGCAUCUGAUUUUGCAAUAUUGUGAUAACUUGGCUCCGAUUCCUCGUGGAUUGGGUGUAUUGACUUGUCUUCGUACUUUGAGUAAAUUUGUUUUGAGCAAAAAUAGUUCCAUGUCCAAGGACAGUGCAGGGCUCAGUGAGUUGGGGAAGCUGAAAGAUUUAAGAGGAAAGUUGGAGAUCAGAAAUUUGGGGUACAAGAAAGAUAUGGUGUCAGAAUUGAAUUAUGAUGGUGCAGUUUUGAAGGAGAAACGACAUCUCUAUUCGUUGACUUUACAUUGGAUGGGCAUCGAAAGAGAAAAUAGUGAUGCGGUUGAGGAGGAGAGUGAUGUAAUUAUUAAGUCAAUGGAAGCGCUGCAGCCCCAUCCAAGUCUAAAAGAGUUAAUCCUGAAGUACUAUAUGGGUGCGAGGUUUGCGAGUUGGUUUCAUUCUCUCACAAAUAUUGUUAAUCUCAUAUUGAUUGGCUGUGAUAGAUGCCAACAUCUUCCACCGUUGGAUCAUUUACCUUUUCUUAAGAGUCUUGAGCUUUGCUGGUUAAGGAAUUUGGAGCACAUAUCAGCAGAGGACAAGGUUAAGGACUUUGCCGGUGAUGAGAUGAUGAUGAUGUCAGCUGCUUCUCCAUCGACGACCUUCUUUCCCUCCUUAGAGAGUCUUCGUCUAAUUCAUUGCCCUAAUCUCAAGGGAUGGUGGAGGAAUGAAACAGCUUCAGCUUCAGCUUCUUCAUUUCCUUGUCUUUCUACUUUAUCUAUACGGAGUUGUCCUAACCUAACUUCCAUGCCGCUAUACCCACAUCUUGAUAAACUGAUGUUAGAGAGAAGCAGCUGGAAGUUCCUUCCCUCCUCCUUUGUUCUCUCCAAAUUAAAAUUAAAAUCUCUUCGGAUUUGGAGCGUUGAGGAUAUAGAAGAAAGGAUCGCCAACCUCACAUUACUUCAGGAGUUUAUAAUUUAUAAUUGCCCUAAUUUGGUAUCACUACCAGAAGGGAUCGGCAACCUCACAUUACUCCAGCACCUCGAAAUUAGUGAUUGUCCUAAAUUGGCAUCACUGCCAGAAGGGAUCGGCAACCUCACAUUACUCCAGCACCUCGAAAUUAGUGAUUGUCCUAAAUUGGCAUCACUGCCAGAAGGGAUCGGCAACCUCAAAUCACUUUCCAAUCUUCGAAUUCGAUGCUUCCCCAAUCUGGCAUCACUCCCAGAAGGGCUUCGAUGCCUCAUCUCCUUACAGGAUCUGAAAAUUUUUGAUUGCCCGAAAUUGGCUUCACUACCAGAAGGGAUGGGCAACCUCAAAUCACUAAAGUCGCUUUGGAUAUCGGAUUGCCCUAAUUUGGCAUCACUCCCAGAAGGGCUUCGUUGCCUCUCCUCAUUAAAAAGUUUGAACAUUUGGAAAUGUCCCAUGUUAGCACAAAGAUGCCAGAAAGGAACAGGUGAGGACUGGUCCAAGAUUGCUCACAUCCCAGACAUUCGCAUUAAUCUAGAAGCUGCUGAAUUUUACGAUUUUUAAGGGUUGGGUCAGCGGAGAUUGGGUCCCCACUAAAAACUCUUAUGGCUUGAUUGUGAUUGUGCAACAGCAGGUCACCAAGAAAGUGUGAUUAAAAGAAGAAACUGAUUAGGCAUCCUGACUUUGAUCAUAUAAGUGACUCAGUUGUACAUGUGAUGAAUUUAGUGUACCGAGAUGGCUGGGUGGAGAGAGUAGUGCUUUGUCAUCUUGGUAUUGAAGAUGUCAGACAGUGACACUAGAUUCUACUCUCUAUCAAUUGGAAAUUGAGUAUUCCUUUAGUUUGGCAUUACCUUCCAGAAGAGACAGACAACCUCACAUAACUUCGAUGGCUUUCAAUUCAGAGUUCAGCAUCACUGCCCGAAUGGAUUCGCGGCAUCACUGUUUUAAGCCAGUUCGAAAUUAGAUACUAUUCCUUUAUACAGAAAAGCAAAAACAAAGAGGGCAGAUUUUUCGGGUCCCGUGUGAGAAAUGAAGUUCCCUUGAACGGUGUCCAUGAGGAGAAUUGAAGUUCACUUGAACCGUAUUCGUGAGCAUAAAUAAAAUACUGAAACGAACAUGACCCAGUGUUUUAAGCUUGGAUGGCGUUAUGGCUUCUGAAGAACUAGCAAAAGAAUAAUAGUUACUUCCAUAAAUAUGCAGUGGAGAGAAGAAGAAAAAGAUGGAGGAAUGAAAGCCAAGAGCCAUCAUUCAAAUGGACCUUGUAAGAGUACAGGAAAAUUGCAAUGCCGGAAGAGCAUGGUUCGAAGUAUGCUCAAGUCUUGUUGGGCACUUACAGCAGUUGAGAGAGCUUCAGUAUCCCAAGUGUGGUAUCUUGUGCUGCAGUGUCGAGCAAAGUUCCUCCGUUCUGAUUUCGUGUUUUUAAAUUUAAAUUUUGUUUUGUUUCGUUUCCUAUUCUGAACCAGAUUGGAACAGACUUAGAGUGCUCUUGUACUUGUAAUCUUCUUAUUCAAUGAGUGAAAAACCUAGCAACC